AUGCACCUGUUGCGAGUAUUAAAGUCACUAUUUCGUGUAGUGGCAUAUCGAACGAAAAUGGGCAUAUCGGAGCUUGGAACACAACUGGCGUACGCUGGAUUGAAUCAGCUGUUGAAACGAGACUCUACAGAUGCCGACCCAGAUAUCCCGGAUGAUGAUGUCAACAACCCCGUGGAGAACGAAAUCUUCUCGUCGUGGGCACUAUUCAUUCUCAUCAUGCUGCUCAUUGGUUCUCUAUGGACCUCAUACUACCUACAGCAGAAACGGAUCCAGGCCAUUCACGAGACUGUCGUGUCCAUUUUUGCAGGAAUGAUUGUGGGACUGAUUAUUCGAAUCUCCCCCGGCCAUUACAUUCAGGACGUGGUCACCUUCAAGUAUUCGUGGUUCUUCAACCUGCUGCUACCCCCCAUCAUCCUCAACUCGGGGUAUGAGCUGAACCAGGCCAACUUCUUCAGAAACAUCGGAUCCAUCUUGACGUUUGCAAUUGCGGGCACAUUUUUUUCGGCGCUGGUACUUGGCCUGAUCCUCUACAUCUGGACAGCUAUUGGUCUCGAGGGUCUCAACAUGUCUCUGGUGGACGCCAUCUCCGUGGGCGCCACCCUGUCAGCAACGGACCCCGUCACCAUUCUGUCCAUCUUCAACACAUAUAAGGUCGACCCCAAGCUUUACACCAUUAUUUUCGGUGAAUCUCUGUUGAACGACGCCAUUUGCAUUGUCAUGUUUGAGACGGCUCAAAAGUUCCACGGUCAAAAGGUCUACUUCUCCUCUCUGUUCAAGGGUAUGGGUAUGUUCUUCAUGACCUUCACAAUCUCUCUUAUGAUCGGUGCCCUUGUGGGUGUAAUGACCGCUCUGGUGCUCAAACACUCCCAUGUUCGACGAUUUCCCCAAAUCGAGUCCUGCCUGGUUCUCCUCUUUGCAUACGGAUCCUACUUUUUCUCCACGGGCUGCCACAUGUCUGGAAUUGUCUCGCUGCUCUUUUGCGGUAUCACUCUCAAACACUACGCUUACUACAACAUGAGCCGACGAACCCAGAUUGCCACCAAGUACAUUUUCCAGCUCCUGGCCCAGCUGUCGGAAAACUUCAUCUUCAUCUACCUGGGCCUGUCUCUCUUCACUGAGGUCGAACUGGUCUAUAAGCCCAUGCUGAUUCUCGUCACCACAGCCGGUAUCUGUGUAUCUCGAUGGGCUGCAGUCUUCCCCUUCUCUAGACUCAUCAACUUUGUCAGCAGAGCACGAACCAGCCAUCUAGGACUCCACCAGACCACAGAGGAGAUUCCUCCUCCAUACCAGAUGAUGCUAUUCUGGGCUGGCUUGCGAGGAGCCGUCGGCGUUGCCCUUGCUGCUGGUCUCGAGGGUGAGCACUCCAACGCGCUGCGAGCCACUGUGCUCGUUGUGGUGGUGCUGACCGUCAUUGUCUUUGGAGGCACCACUGCUCGAAUGCUUGAGAUUCUCGGAAUUAGAACUGGUGUCAUUGAGGAAACAGAGAGCGACGAUGAGUUUGACAUUGAGUCCCGUGGAGCAGCUGCUGCCAUUCCUCUAAGCAAUAGCAGUGGCUCCAUGCCUGCUGGAAGAAUGCGAAGAAGUACCUCUUACCACGAUGAUGACAGCGAGUUUGGCUCUGGUGACGAUGAUGGUCUCCCCCCCAUGCACCCCAGUCAACAAGACCAAGCCCGAGCCUCGUCUACUUCUCUAUCUAACAUUCUUUCGCGCACGGUGGAUAACCCUGGUCAGUGGUUCAAGGAGUUUGAUGACCAGGUUCUGAAACCUGUUUUCCUGGACAACCCCAGUAAUGAUCGGCAUUAA